AUGGGCGAAUACAAAGUCGGCUCGCAAGGCGCCAUCAUGUUGCUGUGCUGUAUUAAUCUACUCAACUACGUUGACCGUGGUAUCAUCCCUGGAGCCCCGGAAGAGUUUGAGCAAUUCAUUACUGAUACUUUAAACGUGAGUGUACUACGUCAGUCCGUCUUCUUUGGACUGUUAACGUCGGCUUUUAUUGCAAGUUACUCGAUCUUCUCCGUCUUGUUUGGCUUUUAUGCACUCACGCAUCGACCAUUUCGUAUUAUUGCCUUGGGCAUGUCAGUCUGGAUCGUGGCUGUCAUCACUUGUGGUGCCGCGCAGAUGAGCGAAAGCUACUAUGUGUUAAUUACUGGGCGUUUAAUCAGUGGCGUCGGCGAAGCUUCGUUUCAGUGUACGGCGACGCCGUUUAUCAAUCGCUUUGCGCCUCCUCAGAAACGCUCAUUGUAUCUGGGAAUCUACUUGGCAUCCAUUACGGUGGGCACUGCAGUUGGCUACAUUUAUGGAUCGAUCUUUGCCCGAUCUGCUUUCGGAUGGGCUGGUGCUUACUAUCUAGAAGGUGUGUUAAUGGUAGCGUUGGUAGUCAGCUGCCUUGUAAUAAUACCGGACGAGCUGAAUCAGAUCCCGAUCAAAAUGGAAAGGAUUGAGCUGGAGAACACUCAGAGCGAGCUGCUGGCGAUGCCUAGCUUUGCAGGGGACAACGAAAAGGCUAGUGUGUCCGUCUACCUGGAAGAAAAAGAACGCCCCAUGCCCGUUACGACACCUUCGUUUUUUGCCGAGUGGUGGGGAAUUUGCAGCUGCUUUCCGUUUUUGCUAAUCAUCCUUGGACACGCAGCUUACACGUUUUCGAUGGCGGCCAUGAGCACCUUCAGUCCGGACAUCUUUAUCGGUCUUGGGCUUUUUGAGGACGAGACGACUGUGUCACUCACUUUUGGUGGACUUGUGGCUAUCACCGGUACCAUUGGCACACCUCUUGGAGGAUUCCUAGUGGAUUACUUUGCAAGGAAAAAACCCUACGAGAUUGGACGUCGCUGCAUGAUCUCUGUAAAAGCCUUGUUCUACCUUAUGCUUGCAUCGGUUGUGUUUGGACUCACGAUGGUAGCUCUUGUCAGCAUUCGGAUAGUCUGUCUCAUUUUCCUUACUCUGACUCUCUUCUGCACGUGUGCGUUAUCCGUUCCCGAAACGAUUGCCGUACUGGAGCUGUUCCCCAAAUCUCGGCAGUCGAUGGCUGUUGCGGCGAACACGCUUUUUAUUCACGCACUGGGAGAUGUACCGUCCCCUAUCAUCCUGGGUCUUAUUAAGGACGACUGGGCUCCUCUCUGUGGUACUGUGGAAAUUGACGGUGAUGCAGUGCUUAAUCCUCGCUGUUCAGAAAACUAUUUGGGUCUUCGUAACGUGCUGCUUUUUGCCGUGGCUUGGAUGUCGUGGGGGGUCUUGCUCUGGGGUGCUUCCGUUGUGGUGAUAAAGCGUAGAUUGGGAGAAGAGAAGCGGCGAGCCGCUCAUAUUGGUAUAAUUGUCGACUCGACAUAA